GUUUACCAAGGGGAGGGGGCGGGUAGGUUUGGGAAAGAACGCCGAGACCGUGGUGACAGUGCCCGCCUGGAACUUUCCGGCUCCAGCCUGGGUUCCAGAAGGCUUGCUUCAGCCUGAAAGGACGGAACUCUCAGCACAGCUCCCUGUUGGCCGAGGAUUUGGUGCUAUGGAGAAAUUUUUGGUUGAGUACAAGAGUGCAGUGGAGAAGAAACUGGCAGAGUACAAAUGUAACACCAACACAGCAAUUGAACUAAAAUUAGUUCGUUUCCCUGAAGAUCUUGAGAAUGACAUUAGAACUUUCUUUCCAGAAUAUACCCAUCAACUCUUUGGGGAUGAUGAAACUGCUUUUGGUUACAAGGGUUUGAAGAUCCUGUUAUACUAUAUUGCUGGUAGCCUGUCAACAAUGUUUCGUGUUGAAUAUGCAUCUAAAGUUGAUGAGAAUUUUGACUGUGUAGAGGCAGAUGAUGUUGAGGGGAAAAUUAGACAAAUCAUCCCACCUGGAUUUUGUACAAACACAAAUGAUUUUCUCUCUUUGCUGGAAAAAGAAGUUGAUUUCAAGCCAUUUGGAACCUUACUCCAUACAUACUCUGUUCUCAGUCCAACAGGAGGGGAAAACUUUACCUUUCAGAUAUACAAGGCUGACAUGACAUGUAGAGGCUUUCGAGAAUAUCAUGAAAGGCUUCAGACCUUUUUGAUGUGGUUUAUUGAAACUGCUAGCUUUAUUGACGUGGAUGAUGAAAGAUGGCACUACUUUCUAGUAUUUGAGAAGUAUAAUAAGGAUGGAGCUACGCUCUUUGCGACCGUAGGCUACAUGACAGUCUAUAAUUACUAUGUGUACCCAGACAAAACCCGGCCACGUGUAAGUCAGAUGCUGAUACUGACUCCAUUUCAAGGUCAAGGCCAUGGUGCUCAACUUCUUGAAACAGUUCAUAGAUACUACAUUGCAUCUCCUUCUGUUCUUGAUAUUACAGCUGAAGAUCCAUCCAAAAGCUAUGUGAAAUUAAGAGACUUUGUGCUUGUGAAGCUUUGUCAAGAUUUGCCCUGUUUUUCUCGGGAAAAGUUGAUGCAAGGAUUCAGUGAAGACAUGGCAAUCGAGGCACAACAGAAGUUCAAAAUAAAUAAGCAACAUGCUAGGCGAGUUUAUGAAAUUCUUCGACUACUGGUAACUGACAUGAGUAAUGCUGAACAAUACAGAAGCUAUAGACUGGACAUUAAAAGAAGACUAAUUAGUCCAUAUAAGAAAAAGCAGAGAGAUCUUGCUAAAAUGAGAAAAUGUCUCAGACCAGAAGAACUGACAAACCAGAUGAACCAAAUAGAAAUAAGCAUGCAACAUGAACAGCUGGAAGAAAGCUUUCAGGAACUUGUGGAAGAUUACCGACGUGUUCUUGAACGCCUCGCUCAAGAGUAGAGCUUAUUUGGCUCUGUACAGGAAGUUUGGAAAUUUCUGUACAUUGUGUUAUGGAAAAUCUGAUGAUGACUUUAAUUUUAAAAUCUUGUAACAUUUACUUACAUUAAAAGUUAUCUAUCUUAUCUUUAGUUGAAUAUUUUCUUUUGGAGAGAUUGUAUAUUUUAAAAUACUGUUUAGAGUCUAUGAGCAUAUAUUACAUUUUAAAAAAUAUAUAGCUUCUGAAAUACCACUGCAAUCGCUUCCCUUCUUAACAGUAUAAUAAAUGCUUAGUUGUGAUAUGCUAAUGUGUGAUGAUAUGAUUCUUAAAUACUUAUGAUAAACUUUUUGGUCUUGUUAAAAAAACUUAAGGUUUUCACAUCGUGUAAUACCCUCUAGGUCCAUUCACGUCACAAAUGGCUUUUAGGCUUUCAUUAUCAUUCCUCCCAUUUUUUGCUUUUAAGAGUUUACACCUGUCACCUUUAAACACACUUCUUUAAGGUUUUCCCUAGUAAUCUUGUUUUUCCUGUGUGAUUUCUCCAAAUAAGGAAUAUUCUUAGUAUAGAUUUGUUUUAUUUUAAAUAAAUUCCUCUAUCAGUUGUUUGUUGGGGGUAGGAUGGGUAGCAAGAGAGAAAGGAAACUAGAUAUAGCCUAAAGCCAAAAUGUUUGACAUCACAUAUUAAUUGAGGAUAAUUUAGAAGUUAGCAUAAAUGUAUAAAUAAAAUUUUGAAAAAGAAGUUAGCCUAAAUGUUUUAUAAAUAAUGUAAAAUAAUAAAUCAGUUUAUAAAAAAUCAAUUUAUACACCAUUAUUGAAAUAUAUCUUGUGUAAAACGAGGUGUAUAUGUGUUGUGAUUUGUGACAAGGUUCUGAAGAUGUUGAAGUCCAACAGGAAAACAACCCAAAGUAAUGAUAAAUUGUUUACUAUAAUCUUACUUUAUUUUUAUUAGAGUAUAAAUAAAUUGCUUGAUAUGGAACCAUUAAAA